AUGCCUAUCCCACCUCAUUCUUCAGCUGGUCCAUCAGGCUCCCACGGCUCAGCCGUUUCGUCAGGCGCCCACGCCCCAGCCGGUUCGUCAGGCUCCCAUGCCCUAGCCGUUUUUUCAGGCUCCCACGCCCCAGCCGGUUCGUCAGGCUUCCACGCCCCAGCCGGUUCGUCAGGCUCCCACGCCCCAGCCGGUUCGUCAGGUUCCCACGCCCCAGCCUGUUCGUCGUGCUCCCACGCCUCAGCCGGUUCAUCGUGCUCCCACGCCUCAGAAGGUUCGCCGUACUCCCACGCCUCUGCCGGCUCGACGGGCUUCUACACAUCAGCCGGCAUUUCCAGCACCCCUGCCUCGGACGGCCCGUCAGGCUCAUCCAGAUAG